UUUAUUCAAUUUCUAUAUUGAGAUAAUAAAUAUGUAUAGAACAAAUAGUGAAGAAACCUCUGAUGGAGGUGUCCGCCUCUAUAAUGAGAAAGUCAUCUUCUUAGCAGGAGAAGACCUCUAUAUUCAUGAGCCUAACAAAGGUAAGGAGGUGGUCAUUAAAAGAGGAAAGACCGUCAAGUUUGAUUUUGAUGCUGAAAGGACCUACAACUCUUUUUGAUGUGAAUUCUGAGGAAAAAUUAACCUCAAGCUGAAUACUCUCAACUUUAUACUGAAGAAGCACAGGGUAGCUAUGCAUAGAAAUGUGAGAAGACCUUGAGAAAUUACUGUGUUCAUGUGUACAGAGACUAUUCUGGAGAACAAUCAAUACCUUUCAUCUUUGAUCCAUUUGUUCCAAGUUGGAGAGCACUCAGAUUUGACUAUCAAGAUCAACAACGGGCUUGAGUUUAAAGUUCAUAAAUGUAUAUUAGCAGCUAGAAGUCCUAAACUAAAGGCAAUGCUCACUUGUAACAUGAAAGAAUCGAUGAAAGGAGUUCUAAACAUUGAAAAUGAAACUGAAGAUUUUUCUGAACUUUUCAGUCAUAUGCUAGCAUGGAUAUACACAGAAAAAUGAGAAUUCCCAGAGUCUCUCAACAAUAUGAUCGAUCUAUUGUCUCUCACAGAUGAAUACAUACUCGGGGAUCUCCAAGCUGUCUGUGAGGAUGAGGUUAUUAAAAGACUUAAUCAUAAAAAUGUAGUACAGAUAUUGACUGAUGAAAAGAUAAUUUUACCUCCCUCAUCUGAAAAGAUUGUCAAAGAAGCAGCAAAAGAAGUUUUGCUCAAUAAGUUCCCUGUAAUCCUAGAAGAGAACCCCAACAUUGAGAGUGAUUUGAUAAAAGUCCCUGGACUCUGGAGCAGCUUGCUUCUCAAAGCUACACAGUAUCAUGAUUACAAAGCUUCAAGAAGAAGACUCUCCAUAAUGGAUGAGAAGAGAGUGAGGUUUAAGAUCUCCAACCAUAUAUAUGCCCCAACAUUAGAAGGGGAUAAUGAGGCAGAAGGAGAUACAGACUAAAACAAGAGUAAUUACUUCAAAGAAUUG